UUUUGUUAUGGCAUUUGACAAUAGUCAUGGAGUCGUUUCAAAAGAAUUUCUCUGUUGAAAACAUUCCGAAUCUGACUGGCAAGGUUGUCAUAGUCACCGGUGGUGCCACGGGAAUUGGUAAAGAGGCGGUAAAGCAGCUACUAAAGCACAAUGCCAAAGUAUAUGUUGCUUCUCGAUCGAAAGGAAAAUUCGAGCAACUCUGCAAUCACCUUGAGUCGAUCGACCCGCAUAUGACAGCAGGUCUGCACUUCCUUGAGCUGAAUUUGUCAGAUGCAAGGAGCUGUAUCUCUGCUGCAAAGCAGUUCUCCGAGCUCGAAGAAAGACUUGAUGUUCUUAUUGCAAAUGCUGCAUUGUCUGUUGUCCCCGAGACCUUGUCAAGUGAUGGAAUCGAGAUACAAUUUGGUACAAACUACUUCGGCCAUUUUGUCUUCACCCACAACCUUCUGGACCUUAUCCAACGUACUUCCGAGCAAUACGACGAGGCGAGGAUUGUCGUUGUUGCAUCUCAUGCUCACGUCAUGUAUAAACCUGUUCAGCCGGACAAGAUUGAUUUUGAAGGCUUGAGAACGGAGGGAUCAAAGACAAUACAGAGUCUUGCCGAGGUUCAAGCUAGCUUGCAGAGAUACGCACGUUCAAAGCUAGCAAAUAUAUUAUUUGCCCGGCAUCUCCAUACUCACUUCCAGGAAACAGGUUACACCAACAUUUUAGUCAACUGCCUCAACCCAGGUACAGUCGGCGCUGCUCCAGGAACCGACUCAGCUGCGCUACCGCCAGUUUUCAAAUUCCUCAACUCUUCGAUUGUCAGACUGAUGAGCAUACCUCCAGAAGACGGCGCUCUGACAAUACUUUUACUAGCUACAGACCCCGAGAUUAAGGACAAGUCAUUGAGUGGUCGGUACUUUGACGUUGGGCCGCUUGCUGGAAAGUUUUAUUAUGGCUAUAGUUGGGAUGCCACGGAUUCGAAAUUGUCUGACCUUGCAAAGGAUAAAAAGCUUUCCGAAAGGCUAUGGGAUUGGAGCGUACGAACGCAGGCUUCAAUUGAUACUACAAGUUAGGCUGUCAGCUAAGAACAAGAACCUCGCUAGGGUUACAGAAAAUAUUUCCUCAAUAGUCAACGGUGCUAUCAGGACCCUGCCAACGAUUGUCGAUCUCUAGGAGUCCUGCCCUCAUUAACCAUGAAUGAAGAAUUUG